AUGCUGCAGGGAAUCCAUCACCACCACUUCUUCAGCCAAGAAGCUAAGGAGGAAGCAGCCAAGUUCACAUGCCAGAGUUUGGGUAUCAAAGACCAAACACAGACAAAUUUUAUUGGAAUUGUCCAUGAAUACUGUCAAGAAACAGGCCAAACUCAUAAUUUCAUUCAACUGGAAAGGUCUGGUCCUCCACAUACCCCUCAAUUUUCCUACAAAUUAGUGAUCAACAAUAAGGAUUACCCUGAGGGGAAGGGAACAAAAAUUAAGGAGGCCAAACAAAAGGCAGCUCAGCUGGCCUGGUAUGUCCUUCAAGAGCAGUCAGAAUGGGACACCAAGGAUGUUAUUAAAAACAAAAACACAGAAAACAGACAAAGUGAGACAUGAGCUCAUUCACGGUUUUCUCCAGACUUUGAUUCCAUAGAAUGUCUCGCUAAAGGAGGCUUUGGACAUGUUUUUGCAGCAAGAGAGAAACUGGUGGACAAGUAUUACGCUGUAAAGAUUGUUCGCUAUAAAGAAAAAGCUCUACGAGAAGUGACAGCAUUAGGUGAAAUCUCUCACGAUAAUAUUGUUAGAUACUACAAUUGCUGGAUAGAGGAUUCAGAACCAGAGUGGGACAACGCGACUGACACUUACAGCAGUUCACAGUCCUCUAGUGAUUUAUCACCAAAGUACCUCUAUAUUAAGAUGGAGCUGUGUGACACCAAAACACUCAAAGACUGGAUAAAUAAGAAGAAUGAGGAGAGUCUGCAGGAGACAAAGAGAAGGGCAGAAAGUUUACAUUUUGCACAGCAAAUAGUCAGUGGAGUUGAGUGCAUUCACUCCAAGAAGAUCAUCCACAGAGACCUGAAGCCUGCCAACAUCAUGUUUGGAAAAGAUGGAAAAGUGAAGAUUGGAGACUUCGGUCUGGCCACUGCUGAGACUGAUGAUGACAACGUGAAACUGAUGGACAGAACACACAAUGCAGGAACCAGACCUUACAUGGCUCCCGAACAGAGGAGCAAAGGAUACGGCCGCAAAGUGGACAUAUUUGCACUGGGGCUGAUAUAUUGUGAGCUCCUUUGGAAGCUCUCGUCUGGACAUGAAAGAGGAAAGGUUUGGCCUGAUGUCAGAAAUCGGAUUCUUCCUGAAGAAUUUCCACUGAAGUUUCCCCAAGAGAACCAAAUAAUUCUGUCAAUGCUGAGUGAGAAGCCAGAAGACCGACCUGAAGCAAGUGUACUGAAGACAGAGAUGGAAAAAUGGGCUCAGACAUUCAAUGCAUAAAGUCUUUCAGAAAAUGGAACUGAGUAACUUAAGUACUUGUGAGAAGUCUGAAAUCAGUUUCUUUUGAUAUCUGUGUUUUUUUUCAUAAAAUUCUUUGAUAUUAACAUAAUGCUUUUAACUUCAGAGCCACAACCAUGCAAAGGACAGUGGUUCAUGGUUAUGUGUUCUUCUUAAGAGCACCUCAGAGUGGUGAUGGGGGGCCAAUCUAUUUUUAAUGCAUAAAAAAAAAUCCCUUCCUCCACUGAAAUAGCAUUGAUGUAACCAUACACUGUCAGAGUCAUUGAUUUGCUGCAGGUUUAAGGUGGAAAUACUUGGCAGUAAUGUUGACUGCUUCUUUCACUCAUUUCUCACUCAUUUUACUGUUUGGCUGCUUAAAAUGUGACUUAAGAAAUGAUUCGUCUUUGUCUGCCUCUGCUCUAAGUAAUCAUGUGUUGGAUAAUUUCUGUGGCCACAUUUUACAUUUUAUUCUAUGCUGGAAAUGGUCAUGUAUUCAUACUGAUGUCGUAUUAUAAGAUAAGAUAAGAUAAGAUAAGAUAAGAUAAAGUUCUUUAUUUCUCCCCACGCCAGGGGAAAUUUACAUUGCUACAGCAGCUUAUGUAACAGUAGACAUAGUGAUAAGAAUAAAAUAAUAAUAGAACAAUAGUAGUAAUAUUUACAAUAUAUACAAGGGUGAGAGAUGAGGAUAAAGUGGCUUAACAGAAAAAAUAAAAAUAAAGUUUAAAAGUGAGCUUUGCUUUGUAUAGGCUAAAUUGGAUAAUAAAACAAUCCACCACCAGGGUGUAACUGUCAUUUGUCUUGUACAUACUGUAUUGUUGUACGAGUUUUGAAUUUCAGUCAGUGCUAGAGGCUUUGAAGCACUUUACUGAUGAUCUGCCUCAUCUUUACAUUUAAAUAAAGCUUUAGAAAAAUAUUAGCUAGUUCCAGAAAAUCCCCGUCAUGAAGCAAAUGCUUGUACUGGAUGAGUUUGUCAUUAAUUCUUAAAAUAGUAAUUGCAAGGUAACCCUGUUAACAUGAAGAUGUAGGAUCUAUGACAUUGUGCAAGAUGAGCAGUCCAUCACAUUGGUAGCACAGAGAUAGACAACAGUGCACACUUCAGUUCAGGUCAAACAUUCAAAAGAAGCAAACAUUUCUGAUUGGAGAGAGACUAAACAGUGGCAGAAUAAAUGUACUUUGUUUUGGUUAGUGCUAGCUAAAAGUGCAUGUUUAAUGAGGUAAUACUUCAUGUGCAUAAACAUUUCUGAAAACUAGAAAUACAAAAAAGAAAUAUACCACUCUAAAUUCAUGUUAUCACCUGCAAAAGUCUAUUUAAAAAGUAGAUUUUUGUGCUUUUUUUUUUUUUACUGUGCAUUCAUUUUGUUUAAAUUGUUUUUUUUUUUCAUCUAAGACAAAUCUCUACUUCACUGGCACUUACAAAAACUAUCUGUAUUUUGACAAUUAUUACAGAGGGUUGUGUUCAUAUAUCAGUCAUGAUGAUUUACAAUGCAAUUUAUUCCUAAAUAUGUGGUAAAAAUGCGUUCUUUCUGCCCGUUGACAUCAAUCAUUUCUGAUCUAUGGAGUGCCAAAAAGAGAUACUUAAAAUUCCCUCAAUUAAGACUCUUGACUUUAAUAGUUGGAUGAUGUUCAUUUUGUUGUUUAUUAUCAUAGGAUAACGUUUUUUUUUGUUUUUUUUUUUAUACCGACAAAUCAAAGAAACUUUAAUGUUGCAAUAAAAGAAACAAUACUGAGGCUGGCUUUCCCCAGUGUUCAGAUAUCUGUUGUGGAAAUUAAUGCAAAUUACAACAUUUUUAGAUACUUCAGACAUUUUAUGUUUUAUAUACAACAUCAAAUUUUAUAAAAUGUGUAAUACAAGACAUAAUUGUAUUAAUGUAAGCCAUCAACUGGGAAUUUUCAGCGUGAUAUCUAUUGGUUAAAAGUUUCUUUCUGGUCACCUGUUGUGUCCUAACUACAGUUCCCAUAAGUCUUAGCUGCAGCACUAAAACCUCUUGGGACAUAACAUACUUUUACAUGCAGGUAUGUUGAUCCUACGAGUUACUACACACCCAUUUAUAACAUAAAAUCAACAUUGUAUAUUCAUAAUUUAAAAUUUGAAUUGCGAUAGUAUGAACAUCUGUUACAGUUUUACUUACAACAUGCCUUGCCUCAGUAUGGACUUUUUUCCACAACAUGAAAGCCACAACAGUUGCUUAGUUUCCCAUUUAAAGCCCAAAUGGCAGCAUUUACUGAUACAGAGAGCUCACAAUGUUCUUCUGGUUUGUGUCACUACAGAAACCAAAUGAUAAAAUCAGUGUUGUUACUGCUUACGUGGUAGAAAAGGGUUCUUCAAUUAAAUUUUAUAGUAAGCGAAUAAAACAUUUACCAACGUAUGAACCAUUGCCUCAGGAAAUCAUUGUCUCCUGCAACAAAUAAUUUAUUCCAAUUUGGGAAAGAUUGCAAAUAUGUAUUAAAAGUGAUGUGGACUUGUGCAAAUCAAUGAAAACAUUUUUGUCAGUGUCACAAAAUGACUGCAAUGUGAUCUUAAACACCUAUAUGACUAAAUUAUUUUAGUACUUUCACAUGUGUUUGUCUGGAGGGGGGAGACUGUACUUAUAAGACCUGGGGACAUUUUAGGAGCAAAUGAUGUAUUUUUGAUCCUGCACCGAUGUAUUCUUAUAAUUAUUUUAGCAUUACGGAGGAUCAGACAUUUAAAUUCUUCACAGCAUCACCGGGCAAACUCAGAAAAGAAAUGAUUUAUAUUCUGUGAGUUCAAGUACCUGCUAUAUGUGUGAUAGCUUGUCGACAUUAAACACAUAAUUGCUGAG